AUUGUACAGUUAAUUAACUAUGAAUGUUGCCAAGAUGAUGCGUUUCAUUUCCUUUUCUAAAUAAGGUUAAAAUGCACAGAGUUUCUAAAACUCGUUGACCCGGUCAAGUUCUUCAUCUCCAUUUUAGAAGCGCAUUUGUGCAGCGUGAACGCUGUGUUCUCUUUUUCUUUUGUUUGUCAAAUCUAUAUUUUAAAAUCUCAUCUAAUUUAAUUUAGAUGUAGAUGGCAAAUUCCAUAAAGAUGCUUCAUAAUUCCAGUGAAUUGUUGGCCAGGAGCUAUCGAGAGACGCAGACAGAUCAGAGGGAAAAGACAGAGGGAAUGUUACUGGGGUCUCACCAACGGCCGGCUAGGAAAUUCAUGACGUAGGAUCGUUUGGAGUAUAAAAAGGGUUUGGGAGAGUAACACAGGGGGUUCACUGUGUAUUACAGAGUGCCAUAUUUACUGCACAUCCAGAUCUGAAGAAGUACGUACAGACGCCCCGCAUAGAUUUCCCUUCAGUAAACUGAGAACGAUACUAGAAAUGGUCCUGCUUGCAAUGAUACUCCUGUUAUCAGUUACACUUGGAGAGACUAAUCCCACAAGGGAGUAUACUGAAGAUGCUGAGGAGCAAGUGCUCAAAGUUUUGCAGAGAAUCGCUGCACGACCCACACCUGAAUCUCUGGCAUCCAAACUCUCAUCUCACCUCCCCAUGGACAUGUCCAACCCAUGGCUAAGUGCACGAAUUCCCAGCAGUUCAUGGUGGUGGCACCCUGAAAAACCUCAUCCUGAAACCAAGAGGAGGCAGAAUCUUGCAUCAUAUAAUCUUAAUUCAUUCGGCCUUCGUUAUGGGAAGUGAGAUCAGGCCAUGGCUACAGAAUGGAUUCUGCUUACAACUAUUAAGCAGUUAUGAUUAUUGUCAUUUUCUGAUGCAUUUUUUAUUAUAUUUGGCUUGACAAUAUACCACUUUGUCUGCUUUGUCUAUUUUGACAGCAACACGUAGUUGGGAGUAGUGAAUAAGGAUGACUGGCACCAGUCUUAUAAAAUCUUCUAUUCGCAUCAAAUAAACUUUAUAAUCUUUGAUAAAAUUUCAUGUGUGCAUUUUUAUUGUUUCAUUUACUACACAUGUUCUACACAACACAAAAUGUAUUUUCCAAUACAGUUCCACUGGCAUAAUUCCUGGCAUGAUGACAAAACUUGUUUAUUUGUCCUGUAAUUCUUAGACGAAAUGCUUUGUCAUUUCUAGAACAGUGCAUAUAAUACUCAUGUUCAAGGCAAAUAAGGUUAUUCAUUCAUUCAUUCAUCUUCAGUAACCACUUUAUCCUGGCAGAGUCACAGUGGAGCUCAAGCCUAUUCGGGGAACACUGGAACAUGCUGGAUGGGACACCAGUUCUUCUCAGGCACCAUGCACACACAUUCACACACUCAUUCACACAUAAAAUUUGUUGUAAUGUUUUUUGGGUGUUGGGAGGAAACCAGGGAACCCAGACAUAUAUGGGGAGAACAUGCACAAAAACUCAACACAAACAAUUAUGUUAAAAUGUUUAAACAUUCAUCAUAUUUCAAUAUUUUAUAUAUA